GAUGAUGAUGAUGAUGAUGAUGAUGAUGAUGAUGAUGAUGAUGAUGAUGAUGAUGACCAUGAUGACCAUGAUGAUGAUGAUGAUGAUGAUGACCAUGAUGAUGAUGAUGACAAUGAUGAUGAUGAUGACAAUGAUGAUGAUGAUGACUAUGAUGACUAUGAUGAUGAUGAUGAUGAUGACUAUGAUGAUGAUGAUGACCAUGAUCAUCAUCGUCAUCGUCAUGAUCACCCCCGAGUUCCAGUCCAAGUUCUUCUACAUCCUCGCCGAGGCCCGAAAGGCGCCCGAGACGGCGCCGCUCGUCCUGUGGCUCACGGGCGGGCCGGGAUGCUCGUCCGUCACGGCGUUCUUUGCCGAGAACGGCCCGGCGCGGAUCAACGCGCAGACGCUGCAGCUGGAGCGGAACGCUGAUGCGUGGAACAACGAGGCCAACGUGGUGUGGGUCGACCAGCCGUUUGGCACCGGCUUCUCGCCCGAGUCGCCCGACGUGGAGACCAACGAGGAGAUCAUCUCGCUCUACCUCGUCGACUUUCUGCAAGGCCUGCUCAAGCAGUUCCCGGCGUACGCCAAGGCUCCGCUGUACAUCACCGGCGAGUCGUACGCCGGCCGCUACGUGCCCUCGCUCUGCGCCCGCAUCCUCAACACCGUCAACAAGGCCGGCCUCAACCUCCGCGGCUGCGCCACCGGCGACCCGUGGUCCGUCCCGCUCACCCAGUACGAGACGUACGGCGCCUUUGCCACGGCCAACGGCCUCAUCCACGGUGCCUCGAAGCUCGCCGUCGACGCCGCCACCUUUGCCUGCCGCGAGCUGUACAACUCGGCUGUCGCCAACCCGUCCAUUGAGAAGUGGAUCGAGGCCGAGGACGCCUGCUCCGCCAUCAUGGCCCUCAUCAUCGAGACCGCGCCCAAGAUCGACGGCCACCACAUCAACGUGUACGACAUCAAGAAGCCGUCCAUCGGCAAGCUCGGCUACAACUUCACCUUUAUGUCCGACUACGUCAACAUGCCCGCCACCCGCGCAGCCCUCGGCGUCCCCGCUGGCUACAAGUGGACCGACUGCUCCACCACCGCAGGCAUUCCGCUCCUCAUCGACCGUAUGAUGUCGUCCGGCCCGGACGUCCAGGCCAUCCUCGACGCAGGCCUCCCGUACAUGGUCUACUCGGGCAAGAACGACCUCAUCUGCAACUACGUCGGCGCAGAGGCCUGGACCGCAGAGAUCGGCUUUGCCGGCCAGGACGCCUUUAACGCCGCCCACCUCGCGCCGUGGACCAUCGCCGGCAAGGAGGUCGGCCAGGCCAAGGCAGCCGGUGGCCUCACCCUCGUCAACAUCGAGGACGCCGGUCACCUCGUGCCCAUGGACCAGCCCGCCGUCGCCUCGGUCCUCCUCCACAACUUUAUCCACGGCAAGCCGUUUACCGCCUAG